GCCUGAUGAGGCAGCCAUACAAUAUAUUCAUAUGCAAAUUAGACAAAUACCCCACCAAUCGCACGAAUCCCCAGACUGGAUGACACGAGAUUCCUGACCGGGGUUGCAAUCCUCCGAACCUAUUUAGGGCCGGUGUUCGCCCAAAAGAACGCGUCCAUGGACAUCACGGCUACGUCUGCGCCACGAAGAAUUCUCCGACUUUGUGGUGCAUUGGUGAUUCAUGAGAACAAAUCUCAUAUCAGCUGUACUUGAAUAACACCAGCAACAUGGCGUCAUCUUGGUUUGCCAAGGCCGUCUCACGCCUUUUAUGUUCGGUGUAUGCAGCUUCAUUCUACCGACGGCCUUCAACUGCCAGUUUUCCGCCCCUUCUAGACGCAACUCUAGAUGAUCUACAGCAAGGGCUCGAUAGCGGUCUCUUCACUAGCGUUGACUUGGUGAAUGCCUACAUUGCUCGCAUUGACGAGUUGAACGAUGACCUGCACGCCAUCGCCGAGAUCAACCCUGACGCAGUCUCCAUUGCUGCUUCUCUAGACCAAGCGCGAAAGCAAGGUGAGCCUCUUCUUGGGCAUCUACACGGCAUCCCAGUGCUCCUGAAGGACAACAUUGCGACCGGCGACAAGAUGAAUAACACUGCUGGCUCUUUCGCGCUCGUUGGAGCGAAAGUUGGCGAAGACAGUAACGUGGCGGACAAGCUCCGCAGAGCCGGUGCCGUUAUCCUUGGUAAGACCACCAUGGACCAAUGGGCGACUUUUCGGGGUACCAACUCCAGCGCUGGAUGGUCUGCCCGAGGGAACCAGCCGAUCGGGGCGUUUUAUCCAAACCAAGACCCGUCGGGGUCCUCCUCAGGAAGUGGAAUCGCAUCUUCAAUCGGUCUCGCGUGGGCUUCACUUGGCACGGAGACACUGGGAUCUAUCACUAUGCCUUGCGAUGUCUCCAAUCUCGUGGGGAUCAAACCUACUCUCGGUCUCGUCUCACGGCACCUCGUCAUACCGAUUACUGAGCAUCAGGAUGUAGUCGGUCCGAUGGCUCGUACGGUGAAAGAUGCCGCGCAUUUACUAGCAGCUAUCGCAGGCCCGGAUCCCCGAGAUAACUACACUUCAGCGAUACCGUUCACGGAGACGCCAAACUACGCCGCAGCUUGUGUUGACUCAGGUCUCCAGGGGAAACGAAUUGGUAUCCCGAGGCAUCUGUUCAAAGACGCACCUUGGCCGAAUACCAACUACUCCAUCUCCCUCUUCGACUCUGCGGUAGAAACUCUGAGAUCUGCCGGAGCUGAAAUUAUUGACAACAUACGGCUUCCCCUGGGUGACCAUGUUACACAGCUACUCAGCCUAUCUGGCCAGGUCAUGGGUGCAGACUUCCUCGUAAACCUCGAGGAAUACUUUGCGAAGCUCACCUACAACCCUUACAACAUCACCACGGUCGCCGAACUUCGAAAUUGGACGCAAGGCGACCCACGCGAAGGCUAUCCGGAACAUAAUACUGCAGUGUGGGAUGGAGAACUUGUCAGAGGCAUUCGCAACACCGAUCCCCUCUUCUGGGAGCUUUACACCGAGAGACAGUAUUUUGCGGGUCCUCUGGGGUACGAGGGAGCUUUGAAGAACCAUUCGCUCGACGCUCUGGUGCUUCCAACGAGAUAUGUACUGGGUCCCGCGGCGCUUCUAGGCACGCCGGUCAUAACUGUUCCUUUCGGAAGGCAUCCGGACGACACACCGAUUGUGAAGGAUGACCUCGGCAAUCUCGAUGUUUUGGCACCGAACUUGCCUUUUGGUAUUGGUUUUGCUGGUGCAGCGUUCAGCGAGGAGAAUUUGAUAAGCAUGGCAUAUGCUUUUGAGCAGAGGACCAAAGCUCGGACCGCGAUCAAGCCAUACAUCCAGCCAAAAACCGAGCUAGGGGAUAUUGUACAGUCAAAAGAAUGGCGAACGAAUCGUCUGGAUCUGUUGUAGAUCAAAGACUAUGGCUGUGGUCAUCUAACUGACGUUCAUCAUGUUGUUACAAAAUGGUAACAUUUGGGCCACACUACGCCUCAUCGGUGGAAUAGGAAAUUUCUUCCAACCUGACGCUAUCACACCACGGUAGAAUGAAUUAAUUUUAGACCAUUCCGUUUCCUCCAUUUCCAAGACUUUGUCAGCAGAACACAGUCUCCCAUAGAUAAGGC